GGGACCCGGAUAGGAACUCUUUUUCAUAGCGGAGGUCUCCGUCGUUUGGGGACGCUUCACGCCAGGGGGAGGUGCUGCGCGUCCAAGAUGGCGGCGCCCUGUAGGCUGGAGGGACUGUGAGUGACCAUGAAAGACACCAGGCUGACAACACUGGAAACUGAUGUACCAACUGUCCCCAGAACAGUCUGGUAGUGGCCCUAAUGAAGAGCUGUCCAAACCUUUAACACACAUCCUGGAGCCCGCACAGCAUAGUUGAGUGAGAGAAUGGCCCAGCUAGCCAACAUUGGGGAGCUACUCUCCAUGUUGGACUCUCCCACACUAGGUGUGCGGGAUGACGUGACAACCAUCUUCAAGGAGUCCCUCAAUUCUGAACGUGGGCCUAUGCUUGUAAACACAUUGGUGGAUUAUUACCUGGAAACCAAUUCUCAACCGGUAUUGCACAUCCUGACCACCUUGCAAGAGCCACAUGAUAAGCACCUCUUGGACAAAAUUAAUGAGUAUGUAGGCAAAGCUGCCACCCGCUUAUCCAUUCUCUCACUGUUGGGGCAUGUUGUGAGACUACAGCCAUCUUGGAAGCAUAAGCUCUCUCAAGCACCUCUUCUGCCUUCUUUAUUGAAAUGUCUCAAGAUGGACACCGACGUUGUGGUCCUCACAACUGGUGUCUUGGUAUUGAUCACCAUGUUACCGAUGAUCCCGCAGUCAGGGAAGCAGCAUCUUCUUGAUUUCUUUGACAUCUUCGGCCGUCUCUCGUCAUGGUGCCUGAAGAAACCAGGCCAUGUGACAGAAGUCUACCUUGUCCAUCUCCAUGCUAGUGUUUAUGCCCUUUUUCAUCGCCUUUAUGGAAUGUACCCUUGUAACUUUGUCUCCUUCCUGCGCUCGCACUACAGUAUGAAGGAAAAUGUGGAGACUUUUGAAGAAGUUGUCAAGCCAAUGAUGGAGCAUGUGCGAAUUCAUCCGGAAUUAGUGACUGGAUCCAAGGACCAUGAACUGGACCCUCGAAGGUGGAAGACAUUAGAAACUCAUGAUGUUGUAAUAGAGUGUGCCAAAAUCUCUCUGGACCCUUCAGAAGCCUCGUAUGAAGAUGGCUAUUCUGUGUCUCACCAGCUCUCUGCCUGCUUCCCUCACCGUUCAGCAGAUGUCACCGCCAGCCCUUAUGUGGACACACAGAAUAGCUAUGGGGGCACUACUUCCACCCCUUCCUCCACCUCUCGGCUGAUGUUGUUCAGUCCAGCUGGGCAGCUACCUCAGAGUUUGAGUUCCCCAUCAACACGGCUGUUACCUGAGCCGCUGCAAGCUACUCACUGGAGCCCAUCUAUGGUCUGUGGUAUGACCACUCCGCCUACAUCUCCUGGAAAUGUCCCACCUGAGUUGUCACAUCCCUACAGUAAAGCCUUUAGUACCACUGGUGGAAAAGGAACUCCUUUGGGAACCCCAGCAACCUCUCCUCCUCCAGCCCUGCCCUGUCCCCCAGAUGACUGUGUGCAUGGGCCAUCCUCCCAGGCCACAGCCACACCCCCCAGGAAGGAAGAAAGAGCAGAUUCCUCGAGGCCUUACCUGCAGAGACAGCAGUAUCUUCUAAAUGACCGAGGACUAGAGGAUCCACCUGCAAGCAAAGGUUCUGUUACUCUGGGGAAUCUGCCGGAUUUCUUAGGUGACCUGGCUUCUGAGGAAGAUAGCAUUGAGAAAGAUAAGGAAGAAGCUGCAAUAUCCAAAGAGCUUUCUGAGAUCACCACUGCAGAGGCGGAUCCUGUAGUUCCUCGAGGGGGCUUUGACUCUCCCUUCUACCGGGACAGUCUCUCUAGUUCUCAGCGGAAGACUCAUUCAGCAGCCUCUGGGACUCAGGGCUCCAGCGUGAACCCUGAGCCUUUGCACUCCUCCCUGGACAAGCAUGGGCCUGACACACCAAAGCAAGCCUUUACUCCUAUAGACCCACCCUCUGGCAGUGCUGAUGCCAGUCCCGCUGGGGACAGGGAUCGCCAGACUUCUCUGGAAACCAGUAUCCUCACUCCCAGCCCUUGCAAAAUUCCACCUCAGAGGGGAGUGAGCUUUGGAAGUGGGCAGCCUCCCCCAUAUGAUCAUCUCUUUGAGGUGGCCUUGCCAAAGACUGCCUGUCACUUUGUCAGCAAGAAGACUGAGGAGCUGUUGAAGAAAGUGAAAGGAACCCCUGAUGAAGACUGUGUGCCCUCUACCUCCCCAAUGGAAGUACUGGACAGACUGAUAGAACAGGGAGCAGACGCGCACAGCAAGGAGCUGAGCAAGUUGUCCUUACCCAGCAAAUCUGUUGACUGGACCCACUUUGGAGGCUCUCCUCCCUCAGAUGAGAUCCGAACCCUCCGAGACCAGUUGCUUUUACUGCACAACCAGCUGCUGUAUGAGCGGUUCAAGCGGCAGCAGCACGCCCUCAGGAACAGAAGGCUGCUACGCAAGGUGAUCAGAGCAGCGGCUCUGGAGGAGCACAAUGCAGCAAUGAAAGAUCAGUUGAAGUUACAGGAGAAAGACAUCCAGAUGUGGAAGUUGAGUCUGGAGAAAGAACAAGACCGGUACAGUCAGCUUCAGGACCAGCAUGACACCAUGGUGACCCAACUGCACAGCCAGAUUCGACAGCUGCAGCAUGACCGGGAAGAAUUCUACAACCAGAGCCAGGAGUUACAGACAAAGCUGGAGGACUGCAGGAACAUGAUUGCGGAGCUACGGGUGGAGCUGAAGAAGGCCAACAACAAGGUGUGCCACACUGAGCUGCUGCUCAGCCAAGUUUCUCAGAAGCUCUCCAAUAGUGAGUCGGUGCAGCAGCAGAUGGAGUUCUUGAAUAGGCAGCUCCUGGUGCUUGGAGAGGUCAAUGAGCUGUACUUGGAGCAGCUACAGAGCAAGCAUCCUGACACCACCAAGGAAGUAGAAAUGAUGAAGACUGCCUAUCGGAAAGAACUAGAAAAAAACAGAAGCCACCUUCUCCAGCAGAACCAGAGGCUGGAUGCCUCACAGAGGCGAGUAUUGGAACUGGAAUCUCUUCUGGCUAAGAAAGACCACCUUCUCCUAGAACAGAAGAAGUACCUUGAGGAUGUCAAGAGCCAGGCGAGUGGACAGCUGCUGGCUGCAGAGAGCAGGUAUGAGGCUCAGAGGAAGAUAACCCGGGUGUUGGAACUGGAGAUCCUAGACUUGUAUGGCAGGUUGGAGAAAGAUGGCCGCCUACGGAAACUAGAAGAGGACAAAGCAGAAACAGCAGAAGCAGCGGAAGAAAGGCUUGACUGUUGUAGUGAUGGCUGCUCAGAUUCCUUGGUAGGGCAUAAUGAAGAGGCUUCUGGCCACAACGGUGAGGCCAGGACCACCAGGCCUAGUGGCCCCCGGGCCAGCUGUGGAGGCAGAAGCACUGGAGGCAGCAGCAGCAGCAGCAGUGAGCUUUCCACUCCAGAGAAACCCCCAAGCCAGAGGUUCAACAGCCGGUGGGAAACCACUGUGGGUGAGCCCUCCGGCAGCAUCCCCACGACUGUUGGCUCACUUCCUAGUUCCAAAAGCUUCUUGGGCAUGAAGGCCAGGGAGCUGUUCCGUAAUAAGAGUGAGAGCCAGUGUGAUGAGGACUGUGUGACCGGCAGUAGCCUUUCUGAGACCCUAAAGACAGAGUUGGGCAGAGACUCAGGCAUGGAAAACAAGACUCCCUUUAAUCUAGAUGCCUCACACCCAUCUUCCCCGAACUCGGACAGUGUGGGGCAGCUCCACAUCAUGGACUACAAUGAGACUCAUCAAGAGCACAGCUGAAGGGUCUGUCAGUGUUAAUUUGCGUCUUUGUCGGCACAGAACAGGAGGUGUGAAUGCACGUUCUAGGCUUUUCUGUUUCCAGGGUCUGAGCGGCUGCUUGUGCAGUGGAAAUGGGACAGAGGUCAUUUUGACAGCUGGCAGAAUGUGGGAAGAUAGUUUUUGGGUCUGGCAUUGAGAUGCUUUCCUUCACCCCACCCCAGUCUCUUUCGUUUACCUAGCAGUAUGUACUAAUUGAGGGCCUGUGCGUGUCCCUUGUAGCUUUAUUUUCUUCCUUCCUCCCACCAAAUGGUUGUGUCCUUUGAACCUGUGCAAUAUGAGGCCAAAUUUCAUCUUUGGGUCCAACACACCACUCUGCUUUCCUGAGGUGCAGAUAGAUGGGUGGCUUUUGGGUAGACCAGGCAGUUAGUGGCACUGCAGGUAAGUCCAGUUUUGUCCCUUCCAGGAGGAUGUAAGUUGUCUUUACAGGAGCCUUUUCACUGCUUUUUGGUUCUGAAGUUCAGUAUCUAAAGCCACAGAUCUAGAGAAACUAGUUCAUUCACCUCUGCCUUCUUUUGGCAGCUCUGAAACGCUUCCUAGAAGGUUCUGUGAGAAUACCAGUUGUUUUGAUAGUGUAGUUGGCGCUGUGGAGGCCAUACUGCUUACUCUCUGGAAAGCUUGUAUCCCUCUCCCCCACUACCUCUUAUUUAUUUGGUAUUUGCUUGAAUGCUGGCACCAUGCUGCCUGUGGGUGGGUGUGUAGGUGGUUGUCCUGCAAUCCGCAGACUGAGAAGAGUGGUCACUAGGAGGGGCACCCAGAAUGCUUGUGCACAUGUGGAAAUGUGCUGUUGGCUGGCUCUGUCCCACUGAGCCACAGUUCCACCUUUCAGCCUGUUUGCCUGCCUCCCUUUGUCUACAUGCCCGAUUACCAGCUGCUUUGUGAUUCUGCAGCAGACAAGGCUGGAAGGGUCAGAAUUUCCAUAGAGUUUAUGUGACGUCAUUCUCGGGCUCAGGGUGCCUCACCAUAGUAGGUUCUAGCAGCUAUUUUACAUCAAUUUUGACUUUGCAGGAGAGAUUUCCCCCUGGGGCUUCAUGUCAAACACUUCUGUUAGGAACAGCAGAGCGACUCAGAGUCUGGGAAGGUUGAUGGAGGCUGCUGGCCUGUACCACUGUCACGAGAGGUGACCAGUCAGAACAAGGUGGUGGCAGAGAGCCCAAACUCAGUCAAUGCUCCUGAAAUAAAUGCUGGAAGUGUAAGAGUUGUUGCCUGAUAUUCUGGACCAGGCAAGGAGAAACUUGGGAAGGAGCCACGAGCUUGAUUUUCUUGUUUCUGUUCUAGCUGUUGUAUAAAGGACAGAAGAGUUUAACUACAACAAAGAUAAAAGAAACUAAUGGUACGAAAUCUUACUGCAUAUGGAAGUUUCCAGCCUGAGGGUGAAAGUCUUUUUUUUAAAUGUGGCAGUAACUAUCCUAGCAUCCCUAAGUAAGGUGAGACUCCUUGUCACCAUGGCAGUGCUGGCUGGAGACCUGUUAGGGCCAUAUCUCUGCUAUAGCCAGCCCACAAGAAGACAUGCCACUGACCACUGUCAGACCAGCAGAGGCAACCAGUGCCCCAGGACACUCAGUGAUGCCAUGCUUUUCAUUUAGCUCUGCCCAAAGGAAAGUUGAAAACCCAGUGUUCUCCCACCUGAUCCAUGGUAGAAAAGGGCAGAUGAACAGAUGGGGAGAAAGAUCUCAGAGUUAAUGGUAGACACUGCUCCUAAGAGCUGCCCUCCACCCCGCACCCCAAGAUGUGUGCUAGAGAAACAAGCCUUUUUCUCUGCAUUAGAAAGAAAAUUUAUAGAUUGCACAAGUGUUGAAGUUUAGGGAACAGAGGCAGUGGCUUGGUAAAGCAGACUGAGGUCUAGGCUAGCAUGACAACUGAUCAAGCUUGGGCCUGCAGCACUUUUCUCCAGUCUGGGUGUUCUGUACCCAGUGACAGAACCUGAGCAUCCUGUGUGGUUUGAGUUCUAGAAGGCUGUUGAGGCUUUUUUUUUUUUUUUUUUUUUUUUUUUCUCCUCCAGCUAAGGUUCCUGGGCGGGGGACUGUGACCUGAAGAUUGCCCAGCCUAAACAUUGGCUCUUUUCAAAGGACUCCAGACUCAGUGGGUGGAGGCUUCUGUUUAGAGAGCAGUGACAGAGCAUCUGGGGAUCAGUGGGUCACCUGCUGCUGCUGCUGCUGCUGCUGCUGCAGUCAGGAGGGGCACUUCUGAAAGGCAGCUGAGGCCUGGGCCAAGGCAUUGGAGCGGUGGGUAUCACGGGCGCCUGGUGUGUGUGAAUGCUGGGGUUGAAUGGCUCCAUCCUUGAACCACUUGGAGUUGUGUUGUGGUUGCCCGUGUGACCCAAGGAGACUGGAGGCUGUGUCUCCUUCAGUCUAGAAUCUGUCAGAAGCAGCACUACAGUGCCACUGGAGUGGAGGAGCAGGUCAGUGCCAGGAGAGGAACUAAGCACACAUCUCUGUCUCAUUCCUCCCUGAAGUCUUAAGAGUUUGCUUUGGGAGCAAAAGCAACAUGACCAUGGACAUGAGGAGAUAGGCUCUAAGGCAUCCCUGGAGCAGGCAGCACAGCUGUCAGGGCGAUUGCUGACCUUGAUAGCUUUGUUGACCUUUUCAGGAGGGAAGUUUGUUCAAUCUUCUGGACUAAGCUGCAGAAGGUUCCUACUGUGUGUGACAUGGUUAGUCACUUCUUAGAAAGCAAACUCAAAACCCAAGAAAAGUCCUAGAAGCCACAUGUGAUUAAAAAAAAAUUAACCUCCCCUCCCUAAGCUGCUGUGGCCAGUGGUCAGUGUUUCCUGGGUGGUAGUGGCACCACAAGCCACUGUGAUAAGCCACAGACUCAGGGCCAUUUGCAGCAUAUGUGGGCUCUAGUGUUCAGAGGAGAAUGAGAAAAUGUUAGCAGUUGAAUGAUCAAGGAUGAAAAGACCUCAGAGCUCAGGCUGACAGUCAGGGUAGAAACCGAGGAGUAUGUAACAGCAGUCUGGUGUGGUGAGACCAGCCAGCAGGAACCUACCUACCACCUGAAGCCAGAAAGAAGUAAAGAACAAACACAAGUACUGUAGGAAGGUGCUCAUUUUCCUGAGCAUUAAGGGUAGGAGACGCUGUGGACAAGCUGAUGGAGGUGUGGGCAUUACACCAGCUCAGCUUGCACUGCAGUACAUGGGGUCUGUCUUGGCCAGAGGCCAGCAGUACUACACAGUGAGUCAGAUGGCAGCCUGCAUCUGCUGCACCUUCGCCCCAAGGUCCAUGCUGUAAAUCCACUGCUGUGGAAAAUAUAUCCAAUGUGAGGGUGUUUGUGUCCUUGUGUACAUCCAGAAGUCUGUAGUAUGUGUCUCCAUCACCGCUCCCCUCUCCCCCCAGUUUGCUGCAGGGUCACUGAUUGCCUUGGGUUUAGCCUGUCUGUGUAGGUAAAAAUGGGAACUGGCCCCUGGGCUGCUGCUGUGACCUUUGUUCCCACUCAGCUUCCCAGUCUGAGUCCCUGGUGUGCCAAGGGGAGCAAUGUUUCUGUUUCUGAUGCCACCCCGAGUUUUAAAUGAGGUAUAGAGAAGCAGCAACGCAGCUACAAUGGAAACUGCACCCUGAACACUCUCGGUCUCCGAAUGAAAUUUAAUGGGGGCCAAGAAGUGCCCUGCCCUUCCCAGAACCCCAGUAUUAUCCAUCUCUGGAUAGGUAGGCUGACUGAGCCACUGCAGCUGGUCUUUCACUAGACCAGUCAGUCCCUCUCCCUGCCCCACCUCACAGGGUUGGAUUGGAGGAGAGGUCAUGAUGGUGUUUUUUAGCUCUCUGUCGGAUCAGAGGCAGACAGGCGUUUUUGCACUAGGAAGAUUCAGUGGUCACCCUUCAUGAGACUGGACCACAAAACACAUUAUGGAGGAGCAGGCUUUGCUAAGACAUAAUUUAGUUUUAUAGUCAAUCAUGGAUGAACUAUAUAUGGAUAACUUGGAGUUGGGGUGGGGGGGUUCCCAUCAGUGAAAACAAAUCAGAUUAAAAAAAAAAAAAACUUUUUAGUUCAGUGGAAGUCACCUCUUCUCAAAAGGUUUAAACUUUCCCACUACGACCUUAAAAGCAUGUCAAACAAUCUGCAUCAGAUGCCAUAAUACAAGCUACAGGAGAACAUGGUACAGUCUCAGUGAAUGGAAUCAAAGGUUUGCUGUCCUUAGAAUGUUCUGAAAUGUCAAGGCAGUUGCUUGUGUUUAACUGUGAACAAAUAAAGAUUUAUUGUUUUGCACUC